AUGGAAGCCAGCAGUGAAAAUAGGUUCAAUUUGUUGCCUCCUGGUCUCAGAUUUUGCCCAACUGAUGAAGACCUUGUGCUUCACUUUCUUUAUCAUAAGGCUUCUCUUGCCUCACCUCACCAUUCUUCCAAUUCCAUCAUUCCUCAGCUUCAACUUCAUCUCUAUAACCCUUGGCAAUUCCAUGGGAGAGCACUUUCAAAUGGGGAUAUUCAUUACUUUUUCAGCACAGUGGGAGAAAGCAAAGCAACAGAGAAUGGAUAUUGGAAAGAUGUGUUAAUGGAUGAGCCAAUCUUGUGCAGUGCCACUGGGGACGAAGUGGGUAUCAAAAAAUAUCAUAUUUUCUUUGUUGGUGAAGGAGAUGACUCGCCAACGCCCAUCCAAACCACCUGGGUUAUGCAAGAAUACCGCAUUUAUAGCUACCUUUUGGAUACCCAUGCCCACUCUCCAGACACUCUACCAAAACAAGAAUCAGAGUUCGGACUAUGGGUUAUGUGUCGAGUUUUUGAAGCAAAAGACAAUAGUACAAGAAGUAUCUUUAGUUACGAGGACGACGAAGAUAAUGAAAGUGAACUUUCAUAUUUGGAUGAGAUGUAUUUGUCGAUCGAUGAUAUUUGA